AUGAAAAAGAAGAAGAAGUCCACCAAAAAGAAGUGCAAGGCUUCCAAAAAGAAGAAGAAUGUCUCGAUUAAGAAGGUUAAUGUUGUGCCUGAGGUUAAUGCUGAGGUCGAGAAUGCUCUCUUAGCCGCUGUGAAGAAGGCUAGAGAGUUCCUCCUUGCUGAAAGGCUGAUGCUACGCUUGGCUAGGAAGUGCAGCUACGAGGAUGUUAUAUCCGGACUAGGUGUUAGCCUAAAGGCAAUGGUCAAGGAUAUGUUGCUUCCCAAUCCUCUUGCUGUUGCAGCAGCAGCCCGAUCCAAAGCUGAAGCCAAGGCCGAGAGGAAGAAGAAGAAACUCGCCAUCGCAGUGAAACAUGCCCAAAACUCUGCGAAGAACACAGGUAUGAAGGUUUCUAAGCUUGACAGCGAUAGCGAUUCUUGA